UGCUGACUGUGUACUCAGCGUAGGUCGCUGAUGUGCACGUGUAAACAAAGUGCUUUGUUUUGAAAUAUCUUGGACAGCAAAGACUCAGUUUCUUGGAGAGGUUGGCACCGUAUAUUAAGGACCCGAGACGAGCCAUUGACGACGAUGUAGAUGGGACUUCGCCGCUCAGUCUAAUACGGGAAACAACCAUCAUCCAUAUUUCCAUGUAACAGAUGGUGCAUCCUGAUGAUGUUUGGAUGAAGGUGAGGGCUAGUGAACCAUGACCUGGCAAUGCACGCUGUCUGACAGACUGUCCUGACGAGUCCUGAAGACGAGCUGCUGUAGUCUGUGUGGCCAGGAUGAUGGUACUCGCCAGGAUGAGGGGCAAAAUGUUGCUGACGUUCGUGAUGAUGUUUCUGAUGACGGAAAUUAAGACGACUGCUGCGGAACUCCCUGCCGCUCUUCAGCAGCAGAUGGACGAGGUGAUCCAACAGGGAAUGAGGUGCAGAAACAUCCCAGGCCUUGCUGUGGCGAUCGUGAAAGAUGGUCAGGUGUUGUUGACGAAAGGUUAUGGGGUCAGAAGUCCGGAUACACCGAACCAGUGACGUCAGACACUCUGUUUGGUAUCGCUUCGCUGACCAAGGGUUUCACGGCAGCGCUGUUGGCAAACCUCCUUUCCGCCGACCACAGCCGAAGUCUGUCGACCAACAUCUACCACUUUUUCGACAAGGGGUCCUUGUUCAACGACUCUCUGAGGUCCACUUAUGCUACAGUUGAAGAUCUGCUGGCUCACCGGCUGGGCAUCCCGGAGAACAACUACAUCCGUCUGAGCACGGACAUCACCAGACAAAAUUUGGUCGAAAGAAUACGGUACCUGCCAAAUGAGGGAGGUUUUCGAGAUUCCUUUUUCUACAACAACCUCAUGUACACCCUGGCUGCUGUUAUUACCGAGAGUCUUGGAGGGCGGCCUUGGGAGGACAUGGUGAGGGAGAGUAUUUUCACCCCCCUCGGGAUGAAUCGGUCCACAUUUGUCACCCAAGCUGAUUUUGGCGACAACGUGGCACUCCCUAUGUGCUCUGAAAGUGGGGUGGGAUUGGUGAAGUGUUCACUGGACUUCAUCAGACACUGGGGGUCAUUCAUAGGGUCGGGGAAUGUGUUUAGUUCUGCCCGCGACAUGUCGCAGUGGUUGCUGUGUCUGCUUAACGACGGGACGGCAGCGGACGGGAGGCGAGUCCUUGCACAGGGCCUGGUGGACACCUUGCACAAGCCCCAGAACACCAUCCCGCUCUCCAGCUACGCCAAGUACUACAUGAAACCAGUCACACCGCAAACCUUCAGUGGCGACACCUAUGGUCUUGGGUGGAGACUUGGCUACUACAGAGGAUAUCGAACGGCCCAUCAUUCAGGUUCAACCUACGGCUACGACUCCUACAUCACACUCUUACGGGACGAGAACAUCGGGAUCUUCUCCACGGCAACUGGCAGCGAUAACAACUUUGAGUUUCGAACGGCACUACACACUUCCUGGCAGACCUGACUAUGAAUUUUUCUCCUUGGAUAAACUCGUCGACUGUCUGCACCUUCCCUGACCCGUGGAGAUCGAACACGGCACACACCAAGAGGAACGCACCGACAGAGCCCCUCGUCCAUCAUUUUCAAUACGGUGAGAAUGACAUCAUCGAAAACUCCCAUCCAAUCAGCCGGAAGUACACUAGCAUCGAACAGGUGGUGGCGCGCGCAGCCUCACUUCCGCUAGCCAGGUACGUGGGGGUGUUUGGCCACAGUGCAUAUGGCGAACUGAAAGUGCAGCUGAACCCAGAGACCGGUCAGUUGGAGCUGACCUAUGGCAUUGGACACUGGAGGCUGCAGGCGAGUGCUGGUCACAGGUUUCAGGGACGAUGGCUCAAGACCCGCCCAUCCUCAACAUGACCUUCGAGUUCUUGGUCGGCAGCGAUGACGUGUACGGGGUCAAGGCCCCUGGUUUCGAGAGUCCCAUUGUUCCCAUUUUCUACAGAAGGAGCGAUGCUGCUGUGAUUGGCUGACUGCAAGUCUCUGCACGUCCUCAAACUUCAAGUUUGGUUGAGUGACCGUUGCCAUUGUUACGCUGCAUACAAUAUGUCCACCAAGAGUGAAUUGUGAGUUUAGUUCACGAAAAAGGAGUCAAAACAUCGAAAAAUGUCCAGCAAUUACUCAUAUCCAUAAUAAAGUUCAAACGGGAUUAGUGAUCUAAAGUUGGUGUAAUAUUUUUAUGAAAUUAAGAAUACGGUGCUUGUACAACAUUUCCACAACAUUAAUAACAUAUGAAAACAGGAAAAGCCUUAUUUCCAGUUAUUUUGAGAUGAUACCUUAUGCCUAAAUAUGUCUUAUUUUUGAGGACAUUUUACGUGGCGGGUUAGACUAAGGAAGAACAGGAUGACAAAAAGAAACCAAGAAUUACAUAAAUAAGAGACACAAAUAUUGCCAAGGUAUUAACAGAUCUUUUUAAUCGACAUUGCUUCCUCGUGACUAAAAAGUAUGACAUUAAAAACAUUUCUUAGCCGCUA